CCAAUAAUCCCACCCCAGACUCAAACCUUCCACACCCCAGCUUCGGAUCCUGCUCAGACUCUCCUCUCGAGUAGACUCUCACCAGUCCGCUCUCUCACUCCGUUAAAACUUCCUUCUCGCACCUUUAAAAUAACAGAGCCCCAAGCUUCUACCUUUUCUAUUUUUUUAUUCAUCGCAUAAGUUGUAAAAUCAAAGUGACAAUGCUUGAUCAAUGGAGAUCGCUAUUACACAGAGUCCGUGAUCAGUAAUAAAUCCUUUUUUGAUCCGUAUAAUUUUUCGAAAUUAAGAGUUUUUGUUUGUUUUAGUUUAGGUUCUUAGCAGUUUUGUUUGGUGAUUUUUGAGCUGAAAUCAUGGCACAGAGUAAUUGGGAAGCAGAUAAAAUGCUUGAUGUGUACAUAUAUGAUUAUUUGGUGAAGAAGAAAUUGCAUGCUACUGCAAAAUCAUUCAUGACUGAGGGGAAAGUUCACCCCGAUCCAGUAGCGAUUGAUGCUCCUGGGGGGUUUCUUUUUGAAUGGUGGUCUGUCUUCUGGGAUAUUUUUAUAGCAAGGACAAAUGAGAAACAUUCCGAGACUGCUGCAGCGUAUUUAGAGGCACAGCAAAGCAAGACAAAGGAACAUCAACAGCUGCAACUAAUGCGUCAAGCUCAGUUGCAACGAGGGGGUCCUAAUAAUCCAAUCGUUGGGGGUCCGGUAAAUUCUAUUGGUUCUGAAGGAAUGCUCGGGCAAUCAAAUGCCAGUGCACUGGCUGCAAAAAUGUAUGAGGAACGUAUGAAGCAUUCCAACCAAAUGGAGUCUGAAACAUCCCAACCGCAUCUUGAUGCUAGGAUGGCCCUCCUCAAAUCAACUACAAACCACCCAGGCCAAUUGGUCCAAGGAAAUCCUGGGAAUGUUACUGCAGCACUGCAGCAAAUCCAGGCACGAACUCAACAGACCGCUGAUGUCAAACCUGAAGUGAGCCUGGGUGCUGCCCAGAGAUCUUUGCCUAUGGACCCUUCAACCAUUUAUGGGCAGGGAAUCAUGCAGUCAAAACCUGGAAUUGGAAAUGCAGGAUUGAACCCUGGAGUCAAUGGUCUUCCCUUGAGGGGAUGGCCCUUAACGGGACUUGAACAAAUUCGUCCAAGUUUGGGUGCACAAGUUCAAAGGCCUCUUUUACAUGGUCCUAGUCAGUUUCAGCUUUUGCCACAGCAACAACAACAGCAGUUAUUGGCACAGGUCCAGGCACAAGGCAAUCUUGCUGCUUCACCAAUGUAUGGAGAUAUGGAUUCACGGAAGUUUAGGGGAUUGCCAAGAGGGGCUUUGAACAGCAAAGAUGGCCAACCAAAUGUGAACGAUGGUUCUAUCGGUUCUCCAAUGCAUUCAACUUCAUCUAAGAUGAAUUUGCCACAGAUGCAACAAUCAUCCUCUCAACAAGAUCCUUUGCACCCACAGCAGAAUAACCGAAAGAGGAAAGGCCCUUCAUCUUCUGGACCUGCUAAUAGUACCGGUACUGGAAAUACAGUAGGCCCUUCUAAUUCACAACCAUCAACUCCAUCAACUCAUACUCCUGGUGAUGGGAUUGCCACAGCUGGCAAUUUACAGCAUGUCAAUAGCAUGCCAAAAGGUUUGAUGUACAGUGGUGAUGCAACUGGAGCUCUUGCAUCAUCCACAAACCCACUGGAAGACAUUGAGCAUUUUGCAGAUGUUGGCUCCUUAGAUGAUAAUGUGGAAUCUUUUUUAUCCCAUGAUGAUGGAGAUGGAAGGGAUUUGUUUGGUACUUUAAAAAGGAAUUCCUCUGAACAUGCUGCUGAAGCUUCAAAGGGUUUCAACUUCAGUGAAGUUAGUUCGAUACGCAAAAGUAAUGGGAAAGUUGUUUGCUGUCACUUCUCUACAGAUGGGAAAUUGUUGGCCAGUGCUGGGCAUGACAAGAAGGUUGUUCUUUGGAACAUGGAAACUCUGCAAACUGAGUGCACUCAGGAAGAGCAUACCCACAUUAUUACUGAUGUUCGUUUCAGGCCAAAUUCAACUCAGCUGGCAACAUCGUCAUUUGAUACAAGUGUACGCCUCUGGGAUGCUGCAGAACCAAGGUAUUCCUUGCAGACAUUCACAGGGCAUACCUCACAUGUGGUGUCCCUUGACUUCCACCCUAAGAAGAAUGAUCUUUUCUGUUCCUGUGAUGGUAACAAUGAGAUUCGCUUUUGGAACAUCAAUCAGUAUCCUUGCACCCGGAUAUCCAAGGGAGGGACUACACAAGUUAGAUUUCAGCCAAGAAUCGGACAACUGCUGGCUGCAGCUUCAGAUAAUGUCGUAUCCAUCUUUGAUAUUGAGUCUGACAGACAGACACACUCAUUACAGGGGCACUCCACAGAGGUGCAUUCUGUUUGUUGGGAUGUAAACGGGGAGUACUUGGCUUCUGUCAGUCAAGAGUCUGUUAGAGUGUGGUCAUUGGCCACGGGAGAUUGCAUUCAUGAACUUAGUUCGAGUGGGAACAAGUUCCAUUCUUGUGUUUUCCAUCCAAGCUAUGCCACUCUCUUGGUUAUUGGAGGAUACCAGUCAUUGGAGCUCUGGAACAUGGCGGAGAACAAGUGUAUGACAGUUGCAGCUCAUGAGUGUGUGAUAUCAGCUUUGGCUCAAUCACAAGCUACAGGGAUGGUUGCUUCUGCAAGUCAUGACAAAUGUGUGAAGAUAUGGAAAUAAGCGUUGCCAUUUGGUGCUUCAAAUCCCCCGAUGUCAACUUGCUGGCCUUUCCAUUCUCUGACAUGGUCUUCCAGUAAAAAAAAAUGAUAUAAAAGGAUACAGUAAAUUUGAUUUGUUUUUCUUCUCUUAUUUUAAUUAUUUGUAUAUGUAACAAGGGGAAUCUGAGGUUUCCCUGAUUUCGACUAGCUGUUUGAGUGUUGCAUCUGUUAUGAUCUGAACACAAAUUACUCAGAAUGAUUUAGUGCAAGUAUACUUGUUUUGCGA